AUGUUGAGCAUCAUCGGGCAGGGCACUGAGAAUGGGGCCUAUGAAAUCAUUGAAGUGAGAGAUCAUGAAAACACAGCUUCAAGCUUGCUGCAGGAUCACUAUCUCGAUUCAUCUUGGAGAACUGAUAACAGUCUCCCAUGGACAUUGGACAACAGCAUUAGUGAAGAAAACAGGGCUGUCAUUGAGAAAAUGUUGCUGGAAGAAGAAUAUUACUUAUCUAAUAAAUCACUUUCUGAAAAAAUAUGGCUCAAUCACAAGGAAGUCACUUUGUUUUUUAUUUGCAGCCCACAUAAGAAAACUGGAAAAGUCAUGGUGCGAUCACCUACAAAAUCAGCUGGCUACUCAUUAAAGUGGACAUCAGAAGAAAAAGAACUGUUUGAACAAGGACUGGUGAAAUUUGGCCGCCGGUGGACAAAAAUUGCCAAGUUGAUUGGAAGUCGUACUGUUCUACAAGUAAAGAGCUAUGCUCGGCAGUAUUUUAAGAACAAGGCAAAAAAUGGUGAUUCUGAAAAAGAAGAGCAAAGUCAGUGUGACAGCAAUCUUCCCACUGAAGAUGGAAUAAGGGUAGAAGCGUGGUCAUCUGGAAACUUGAGAGGCCGUGCAGACCCCAAUCUGAAUGCAGUGAAAAUUGAAAAGCUGUCAGAUGAUGAAGAAGUAGACAUAACUGAUGACAUGGAUGAACUACUUUCUCCUGCCUUCCAGCAAGAAACUGGAAAAUCUGAAUUAUCUGUUAUUUCAAAAAGUCCAGUUGAAGAAAUGAAAGGAAUGGAACAUGUUUUUUCAUCUGUUGGACACAGUUCUGCAAUUUAUUUACCUAAAGAAGAUCCUCAACAUACCAAGCAAGAUACAGUGGAUGCAUUAGUAUUUCCAGGUGUUGCAGCAACGUGUUCUCAGCACCUGAACGGUGAUAAAUCUGUGAACUUAAAUUACCAGCCAUACAAUAAUUUUAUUGAGAAAGCUGAACAAGGCAGAAUGGUAACAUCUUGUGGUACUAGACAAGUAACUGAUCAGGAGCUUAAUGAGGAACAGAGAGACCUGGCUGAUAAUGGAUUGCUUUUUCCUUCUCCCUGCCAAGUGGAUGAAGGUCAUCAAGAAGAAGCAGAGGAGCUUAAGCCACCUGAUCAAGAAGUGGAGGUUGACAGAAGCAUCAUUCUGGAAGAAGAAAAGCAAGCUAUUCCUGAAUUUUUUGAAGGGCGCCAGGCCAAAACACCAGAGCGUUAUUUGAAAAUUAGGAAUUAUAUUUUGGAUCAAUGGGAGAGAUGUAAACCCAAAUACCUGAAUAAGACGUCUGUACGUCCAGGCCUUAAGAACUGUGGUGAUGUUAACUGCAUUGGACGGAUCCACACAUACUUGGAAUUAAUAGGAGCGAUUAACUUUGGCUGUGAACAGGCUGUCUAUAACCGACCCCAACCAGCUGAUAAAACACGGUCCAAAGAAGGCAAAGACACAGUGGAAGCGUACCAGCUUGCUCAGCGCUUGCAAUCCAUGCGUACAAGAAGACGGCGAGUGCGAGACCCUUGGGGAAACUGGUGUGAUGCCAAGGAUUUGGAAGGACAGACGUUUGAGCAUCUGUCUGCUGAAGAAUUAGCAAGAAGAAGAGAGGAAGAAAAACUGAAACCUGCAAAAUCUUCUAAAGGUUCAAGACAAAUAAAAAGUUCCUUUGAUCCCUUUCAGCUGAUACCGUGCUGUUUAUUCACUGAAGAAAAACAGGAACCUUUUCAGGUGAAAGUGUCUUCCGAAGCACUUUUAAUAAUGGAUUUGCACUCUCAUGUGUCUAUGGCAGAAGUAAUAGGGCUGCUAGGUGGAAGAUACUCUGAAGCUGAUAAAAUUGUAGAAGUUUGUGCAGCAGAGCCGUGCAAUAGUCUCAGUACAGGACUGCAGUGCGAGAUGGAUCCAGUAUCUCAAACGCAGGCCUCGGAAACGCUGGCUGCCAGAGGAUACAGUGUUAUUGGAUGGUACCAUUCCCACCCGGCCUUUGACCCCAACCCCUCAAUACGAGAUAUUGAUACUCAAGCUAAAUACCAGAGUUAUUUCUCCAGGGGUGGCGCCAUGUUCAUUGGAAUGAUCAUAAGUCCUUACAACCGGAAUAAUCCUCUUCCAUAUUCUCAGAUCACUUGUCUAGUAAUUAGCGAUGAAAUCAGUUCUGAUGGUUCCUACCGCCUGCCCUACAAAUUUGAAGUACAGCAGAUGUUGGAGGAACCUCAGUGGGAAUUAAUAUUUGAAAAAACAAGAUGGAUAAUUGAAAAAUACAGAUUCUGCCAUAGCAGUGUCCCCAUGAAUAAAAUUUUUCAUAGAGAUUCUGACCUGACUUGUUUGCAGAAACUUUUGGAGUGCCUGAGGAAGACUUUGGGCAAGGUAAAAAACUGCUUCAUUGCUGAAGAGUUCUUGACUCAGAUAGAAAACUUAUUCCUUUCCACAUACAAGAGUGAGAAAAAGAGUAAUGCCGAAGAAAAUGAGCAUGAAUGUGCAAAUGAAUUGCCAAUGUGAUGGCUUUAACAAAACUAAGUUACGGAAUUUUGAUUUUAUUUUUUCAUUUUCUUUCCCUCCUCCCCAUUAUGUCAACUCUUUCAGAAUUCUUAUCCAUUUUAAUAGUAACUGUUACAGAAUCUAGUGUCAUCUUACUGUUACGAUUUAAACAUACUUUGAAAAACUCCUAAUGUGUUGUGACCUGACUACAGGAGGAACACUUAAUGCUAACAUUUUGUAAAAAAUGAGCACCACAGAAUUAAUUGAUUGACCAACAGUCUGUCGUUUGGGAAGAAGGACAACCUGGCAAGAAUAUUGUGCUUCAGUCUUCGAGAGUUUGUCCUCUCUCAAGUCUUUCAGUUUGGAAAUUUUCUCAUGUUUUUUAUCUGCAGGUACACAUCUAACUCGGAAUGAAUUUGUUCCUUAAUGCUUUAGAGAUUGUAAGUUUGAAUAAAUUCACAAAAGAGAAACUUGCAACUCAACUGAAAUGAAAAUUUUGUAGCUCACUGAUUUCAAACUUUCCUGGUAUCCAGUCUGAAGUUUUAUUCAGUUGCGGUUUAAUACAUCGUCUGUUUUUUUUUUUAAUUUUUUUUUUCUCCAUUGACCCCUAUGGUCAAGUAGCUUUUUGGCAUGUUUGCCAUCUUGCUUCUAUAUUUGGGGAGGAAAAGCUGGCAAGUUUUUAUGACUUCUCAGUAGCAGUUGUGCUUGUUUCCAGUGGAAAUGGUAACUCCUGUCUUAUUACAGGCUGCAGUCUUUCUGAUCUUCCAUUCUACGGGGAGAUACUAUGUUGUUCUACCAGAUCAUUGUGAUUUGUCCACUUCUAAUUGCCACUGUUUCCUGUGGAAACAAGAGCUCUUGAUUGAUGGCAUACUUAGUGCAACAAACAGAAAAGUAUGUCUUUUUAAAGAAAAAAAAACCCACCAACUUUUAUAUUCAGUCUUCUCUAUAACGUGUAGCUCAAUAAGAAAACUAAUUUUGUAUCAGUUCUUCAGUUACAAUUUCAUGCAAGUAUAUAUUCGGAUAAAUUAGUCAUAAGCAGAUUGAUCUUGAUUGAGAAGUUUCUUGAUUGCAACUUGGAAGUGUUUCAUGAGCUGUAUCACUGUGAAUCUUUAUAGAAAAAAUGUGCUUUAAAUUUUGCUUUCUAAAUCAUGAGGAAACUUGACUUAUAUACAGUUAUUACUAUUUACACAGAUUUAUCUUGGGCAAAGUUUCUCUGAGUUUAUAUCUAGAGGGGUGACAAUGGACUUGAUUCUUAUUUUAAAAAAAAUAUGUGUGUAUAUAUCUAGUUCUACAUAACAUAAAUGGAAUUUAAGAUUUUGUAUGUUUACAUUUUUAACUUCAGCUUUUCAUUUGUAUAAAGAGUUUGAAAAGCUUUAAAAUUGUAGAGUUGCAUCCCAAGGAGGGAACUCCUUUACGGGAAGUUAAAAUUACUUUUUUUAUCAUGCCUCAUAAAAUGUUAGUCUUUUUCUGUUACUAAGUGGAAGGUGCAGAACCUGAUCAUAUGAAAAUGUGAGCCCUUGAUACUCAGUGAUUCUCCCAGUGCAGAUUCAAGAGCUAUGGACUUAAAAACAUUGGUGAAUGUUCCGUGCUCUCAUCUAUGUUCAGAUCUGCGGGUGCGCAGCUUUGGAUCCCGCUACUAUGUAUAAUUUACAAACUUGGUGUAUCCAUCUGUAUAAGGCAUGUCAGCUCAGUCUGCAUAUAUUCUAAAAUGUCAUCUUUGGGACUUCAUCAUUAAAAAUAUUGCAUGGCUUUCUGUAUUUCUAGUUUAAAUUACACUCUUGGUGAGAAAGCAUUCCUUCCCUACUUAGUUGUGGAGUGGUCUGCAGUGUAAGGUAUUCUUCUGCAGUUUUGCAUAGGUUACUCUAGAAAAAUCACACCGCAUAAAUGGAUGUACUAAAAGCUGUAAUUAGUUCCCAUUUGUAGGAAGAGGAUUUUGAACCUCUUGUGUAACAGCAAUAUGAAGUCGAUAAUGUUCGUUGUCCACAUACGGUCUAUUUCCAACCAUUUAAGGAUGGAUGUGAGUAUUACCAAGUAGUGGUAACAAUGUGCUGGCUGCAUCUCUGUUUAAUGAUUAAAAUGAG